AUGCCUACUCAAACACAUGAUUCCCCGUCGCAUUCGCGAUCACCAUCGCCGCCCUCAAGAGCCACACCAGCGCAUCGGAAUUUAGCGGUCAGAGAACGGGAUUCAGGUCGCUCCGCAUCUGGAGCCAAGAGGAAGAGAGCGGACACAAGAAACGGAGAACCCGCGAGCCAUCGAAGACGGACCGUUGAACCUCCAGCGAGCAGCGAAGACGAGGAGGAAGAUGAAGAUGUUUACGAUCCUGACCAGCCACUGGAGGAGCGCCGCAGAGUCCAGCAGGGCUUCAGAGAUUUACUUCGCGAUGUGACGGAGAACACUGAGGAAUACCUACAAGGGGACUCGCGAGGGCUCCAUGAGGCCAUUCUCCGCGCCGAUGAACUAUCGAAGAAAGUGCGACAGACUACAGAAGCAACAAUUGACUCGCGGCUACUCGUUAGCACUACCGACUUAUCUUACCGAAAGACUUUGAGACUCACACAAGGCAGCCUCUCUCAAGGCAUCGAUGUUGAUGAGUUUGUUUCAAAAUGCAUCACAUAUAUGAGACAUGGUCGAGGAAUUAUGGACGAUAAUGCACCAGAGCUCUCGAGCACCCAACGUCAAAGAAGAAGGACCACAAGAGGGGAUGAAGAUGGCGAGGAAGACAUCGGGGAUGAGGGUGAUAUGAUGAACUGGCCGCAUCUUGGCCGGUUUGCAAGUUUACCGUACAUCAGGCGUCCCGCCCUCCCCGGGUUACUCCUUGGGCCUCUAUCGGUCGAGAAGAAGGCUCGCAAGAUCACAAAGCGAAGUGCCCCCUUCAGGCCUAACAACCUGACGGAGACGCGUCCUGAAGUGCUCAAUGUCGAGGAUCUGGCCAAGAGGGAGAACGAUCUCACCGCGAUUUGCGGCAAGAUUCUCCAUCAAUUACAAACUCUCCAGGCGAACAUUCAAGGAACUGUGGCGGACCUGAUUGAUGAGAAUAUGGACGAUGACGAACAGAACAGGAUUAUGCAUCAACACGGCCUUCGGAGCACCGGUGGCAUUGACUUGAUGCGGUUCGUUGUGAAUCCCAAAUCAUUCGGCCAAACCAUCGAGAACAUGUUCUACGUCAGUUUCCUUGUCAGAGACGGCAGAGUAAAGAUCGAUUUUGAUGACUUCGAUUUACCAGCGCUUGAAAUCACAGAGAGAGAUGCCGAGGUAGAGGAAGAAGAGCCGACACGACACGGUGCAGCGAAACACCAAGCAAUCCUUUCCAUGGACAUGGAGAUCUGGCAGGACAUCAUUGACACUUUCGAUCUCAAAGAGCCCAUGAUUGCUCACAGAAAGGAGGUGACGACUUCGGGACCUGGUGCGCGGGGUUGGUAUAGCUGA